AUGAUCCUUAAGUCGGAAAAUCCUGAGUUCGAAGGACAAAAACAAAGCAGCGGAGAAACACUCAUACCGUGCGGAUGGUCUAAAGAAACUAUCUCAGAUCGCUUGUCGCGGGGAUGUAGCUAUGUCGUCCGGCAUAACGACGGCUUCUAUGCGUUGGCUAUGGCCGAUCCCAAGCUCUGGCAGUUUCGGGAUCACCAGGGCCAACUUUGGUGCUUCCUGGCGCUCCCUAUGAAGGCUAUGUUCUCACCAGCAUGGUUCCACCUGCUGAUGGAUAUGUUCAUAGGGGCUACGUUCUCACCAGCAUGGUUCCAGAUGCUGAUGGAUGUGUUCCGCUGGAUAUCGAGAAGAAGAGGAAUCCGAAUGAUUCUGUACGUGGUCGACCUUCAACUAUUAGGUCACCCACGGAUCAUCAUGAAGCAGAAGUGA